GCGACUUUUGAACGCUAGCAUCGCUCCGAAUCUGAAUCUGAAUCCUCAACCAAAACCAUAUAGAAAACUAAGCCCGGGUCCGUUGGGUCGUGUCGUGUUACCCAUAACAUCAGAAAAACAUCCAUUUUUUUAUCUGUGGUGCCGCUGAUACGCAAGAAUUUUCCGAAGUGCAUAUCCAUAUCAUCAAAAGCGGAUUGUGUGAAAAAGUCGCUGCGAAAGCGCAUUGUUACCCGAACUCGCCAUGAGACUAGCACUGAUACUGGGCACUCUUUGUGCUUUCCUGUGCCUGGCCAGCGGCUUGAGCCAGUCGGAGGCCAGUGGAUCAAAGGGGAAUGGGUUUCCCAAGAAGGUAACCACGCUGAAAAAGCGGCCGACCAAAACGCCCACCACAGCACCCAUCUCCACCAGCCGAACCACUCUGAAGCCCAGCAAGCCCCGUGUGAAGAUUGUUAAGUCCGCGGUCACCCGAAGCACCACCAAAGCACCGGCCUUGGCCGACACAUUUGGCAAUCUGCCCGCUGAUGACCUGGAGUUCAUCAAGGAGCUGGACAAACAGUUUAGGCUCCACGGAGACAAGAUCAAGAUCAAGGUGGAGAGAGACAAUUCCACGAGCAGCGGUGGCAAGAACAGCAAGCGCACCAUCGAGGGCGAUUUGGGGUACGGCUACUCGCAUCCUGGUUAUGAUUACACGCCCCCCAAGUUCAUGUUCUAUCCGUACUCGCAGCACGAUAUCCCCUCGGGCUUUGCCCACCCGCAGCCAUUGCCGGAGGAGCAGGAGCCGGAGCCGAAGCAGGUGGAGCCGCAACAGCCGGUGGUGCACCACCACAGCCACAACCACGAGCAGGUGACCAGCGUGACCAUCGAGCCCUCGUACUCCUACGAGCUGAAGCCCCAGACGAGCUAUGAGACCCAGCCCCAGCACACGGCUCCCGAGCAGCCUCAGAUCGAUCUGCCCCAGGAGGAGGUGGAGGGUGGUGCUCAUGCCUCUGCCGGCUACCAGGAGCCGGUCAUCGUGUUGCGCAUUCCCGGGCCCGCCAAGUACGCCGCCCACCUGCAGACCCUUCUCCAGCAGUAUCUCGAGAUCAGGGCGGCACAGUACCUCAGCUUGCUCCAGGAGGCGGAGCAGCAGCAACAGCAACAGCACCAGCACCAGCAGCAGCAGCAACAUGCAGAUCCCCCGCAGCAAUAUGGGCCACCAGAACCGGCCACGUACCACCAGGAAGUGAGCUAUGCCCACCAACUGGCACCCACCCCGGCGGCCGUGCAAUAUGCACCCAUUGACGAUGUCUACCAGAGCUACAAGGGUCGCCACCAGCAGCAGUUGCAGCUGCAGCAGCAGCAGUACGAGCCGCAGCAGUACGAGCCGCAGCAGUACGAGCCGCAGCAGUACUACGCGCCCAUGGACUACCAGCAGCCCACUCAGUUCUACUACGCCCAGCCAAAGUCUCAUUUGCAGCAGCAACCUCAGCUCUACCUAAUAGCAAUGACCCAUGCGGAACCGGAAGCGGAACCGCAGCAGAAUCAGCAUAUCCACCAACAGCAACAGCAACAGCAACAGCACCAUCAUCAUCAGCAGCAACAGCAACAUCAGCAGCCGAUCUACGUGCCAGAAUCAGAUCCACCCACAGCUUCUGGUGCUCCGGAACAGGAGGCGGAACCGGAGCACAACCUGCCCAUUACGGAGAACAACCCGCGACCCACACACACCAAGGUCAUCUUUAACCCCUAUCCUUACCAGCAGCAACAUGAGCAGUAUCAGCAACAGCAGGCUGACAUCGAGGAGCAACAGGCAGAGGGGGAAAGGCCGUUCAACUACCAUGCCCAUUCCCUCAAGAUGCGCCAGGAAAAGAGGGCGGCCAAGCCGGAGCCUGUGGCUGGGGAUGGGGGUUCAGGAUCGGGGUCGGGCACUGGUGACCACAGACUGCAACAGAUUAGGGAGUAUGUGAGGGAGAAGCUGGGCGCUGAAAUGGGUUCGGCCGUGGAAUACAAGACGACGCAGCUGCUCGAGGGCUGAGGUGCGGAUCCGUGUCCGCCGGGGGAUGGGAGAUUCGCUUGAAAGUACAUUCUGCCUGGAUGAAUUUAGCAAAAAUCUUGUGUCAAAAUUUAUGACGAUUGAAUAUUGGUUAUCGCAAGGCCCGCCAACAUCAUUUUAAAUGUGUCUGAAGGUUAUCCAUAGAAUUUCUACGUACUUCUAGGCACCUCUAUAAGCGAUUUCGAACCACUGACGAGUUCUGUAGGACAAUUACUUAUUUAAAGAACUUUGAAGUAUGCCCUACAAACAUUUAAAGCGUUAAAAGAUAUUGAAUGAAUUCUACUUGGGUCCAAAUACUUUUUAAAAUAGUACUGCAUACUUUUAGGAGACUCAAACCUGGUUUAUGAAAGUCUUUAGAGAUUUGAAAAGUAUGCUUGCCUUUUGGAACCCGAAAGCCAAUCCAGCAAGAAAGUAAACUUGAAGUGAGUGCCAUCCUCCCAAUUAACUCGUAUUGCUAACACACUUUUUGGUUGCUCCUUGUGCCUGAAAUCCGUUCAUUAGUAUUUAUUCCAAGCUAGGGGAGUAGGAAGAUCCCGAGGGUGAUCCUCCAGCUCCACGACCACCACUCAUUCCAAACCUAUCCACGAUCCACAACUGGAAGGCCAAGGCAUACUUUUGGGCGAAACUCGUUGGGGGUCCAAAGGUGUGCUUACUUUCUCCCCUUUUCUUCGUGGAGAGGUGCGGGUCCGGGGAUUCCCUCCACACAUUCGCUUUUCAUUAUUUUGUACGACGUUUUUUUUAUGUUGUUUAUAUGUUGUUAACCAAGAAAAUGUGCUGAUCAUGUGUGCAAUAUUUAGUCUGUAAUAAAACGUGCUUCUUGAAUUUACUUA